UUUCACCUAUAAAAGAGAGGAAAUGAAAGUAAUAUUGUCAUUAUCAGUUUGUGUUAAAUUUCCCCUGAGUGAAAUGACAUACUAUUUUGUCAAAUCCUAGCUCCACAAUUGAAUAUUUGGUAAUCCACUCUUCCAGUUAGUUCUUUGCACUUUCUCCUGUAGGAGUGGCAGAAGAAAAACAGACAAGCAACUGAAGAAUGAAAAACCAUACAGAAAUAACUGAGUUUCUCCUCCUGGGACUGUCAGAUGACCCACAGCUUCAGGUUGUGGUCUCUGUCUUUCUGCUCAUCACCUACCUGCUCAGCGUCACUGGGAACCUGACCAUCAUCACCCUCACCCUGCUGGAUCCCCACCUCCAGACCCCCAUGUAUUUCUUCCUCAGAAACUUCUCCUUACUAGAGGUGUCAUUCACAACUGUCACUACCCCCAAGUUCCUGAGCACCAUUAUUUCAGGAGAUAAAACCAUUUCCUUUAAUGAUUGCAUGGCUCAGUUAUUUUUUUUCAUUCUUUUAGGAGUCGCUGAAUUUUACCUUUUGGCCGCCAUGUCCUAUGACCGUUAUGUCGCCAUCUGCAAACCUCUGCAUUACUUGGCCAUCAUGAAUCAAAGAGUCUGUGUGCUCCUUGUCUUCUCUUCAUGGCUCGUUUCAUUCUUAAUCAUAUUCCCAUCACUCAUGUUGUUCUUAAACCUCGAUUACUGCAAGUCUAAUAUUAUUGACCAUUUUACCUGUGAUUAUUUUCCCCUCUUGCACCUUUCCUGUUCAGACACCACAUUCCUAGAGAUGGUGGGUUUUUCCUGUGCUGUGUUUAUUCUGUUGUUCACAUUGGCAUUAAUAAUUCUGUCCUACAUAUAUAUCAUCAGAACGAUUGUGAGAAUUCCUUCUACUAGUCAGAGGACAAAGGCGUUUUCCACGUGUUCUUCCCACAUGAUUGUCAUCUCCAUCUCUUAUGGCAGCUGCAUUUUUAUGUAUAUUAAACCCUCAGCAAAAGACAGGGUGUCUUUGAGCAAGAGAGUGGCUGUGCUAAACACCUCCGUAGCCCCCAUGCUGAACCCCUUUAUUUACAGCCUAAGGAAUCAGCAGGUCAAGAGAGCCUUCAUGGACUUGGCAAGGAAGGUUUGCAUUUUUCUCUAG